AUGCCUCCAAUACCGAAAGAUGAGGAAGCGGAAGAAGAAAAUCCUUACAUGGCCUUGAGAGCUGCGAAAAUUGCACGGAAUCAAGCCCGUCUGAAAAAGUUGGGGCUCGUUAAGACACCCUUGGAAUAUGUGCCAUCCAAAUCCAACGUCCAGCGAUCCAAAAAGCCACUUCCCAAGAAAUCACCACCACCAACUGCAAUCAUGAGACGAUCCAACCGACUUUCCAAUCAAUCCAAUCCGCCCGACUACAAGGAAAAAGCACUACCCAGAGACUAUCCAGCAGUGAAGGAUGAGCUGUCGUUGCCAGCACCCAAGCGUCGUCGGACCAGCAGUGCUACUGCUGGUACGCCACCACCCCCUGCUGCCAACUCGGUACGAUCCAUUGAUCUAGAUAUUGAGCAAUUAGUCUUGGGGAAUAAGAAUAAUGAUAAUGACAAUGGCGGUCAAGGUCUCUUGGGCCAACAAAUGGAACAAACGGGCAAGGAAUUUGUCAUAUACCAAACGUUUGAGAAAGCUUCCAGUCCAGAGGAUAGAAAUCGUCUCGAAGGGGCAAGACUAUCCUUUAACAAAUAUUGUGGCGUUCAAGAAUGGAGAAAUGCUGUUUUUCUGUGGGUCAAUCUAGGCAACAAGGACAAUCCGGUAGUCAAUGACUUUUUGAAUGAAGGCCAACAAAUCACAUGGUUUGGGGGUUCUCGGAUGCACGAUGAGUCGCCCGUCAUUAUGAAGCUAUUGAAAAUGGGACAAGAUACAACAACAACAACAACAACAACAGCAACAACAGGCAAAUCAUCAUCAUCACAGAUUGUGCUUUGGUGUCGGAAGUAUCAAGUGCAAACAAAGCAAUUUACUCCCUAUGUUUGUUUUGGGCGGCUGGGAUACGAGUCGCAUGAACCGGGCUCACAUCCACUAUCCUUUGUAUGGAAUCUUUUGGAUUAUCAACGGUUGAAAAAUCACUCCGAAACGCAGAUUCGAGAGCGCUUUCAGUUCUUUACGUCAUGA